AAUCAUAAUAUUUAUAGUCGUUGCUUAUGAACUGAGGCAGCUUAACUCAUUUCUUUUAAAUAAUAAUUUAUUUUAAUUAAUCAAAAAUCUUUAAAUUUGUGCGAUUUAUUUACAAAAGAAAAAAAGCACCAAGAAAUGUCUGCAGACAUCGCAUUUCUUCCGAAUAUUGGAAUCUUUUGUAAUUUUUCAUUCGAAACUUAUCCGGACGGUAGAAGAGUUUAUGUCUGUAAAGUUGAAGGCAAGUGGUUAUCCUCAAUAGCAGAUAAAAAUCCAACCUUAAACCUCCAAGGAGAUCAUGAAGCUGGAAAGUCAAACAACAAUGUACAGGAAGUCAGAUUUAUUAAAUGUUUCAUGCAGAACGUCCCACAAGGAUUGACUAAAAUAUUCCCAAACAUGGUCGAUUUGAGCAUUUGGUCGUCAAAUUUAAAUAAAAUCACCAGAAGUGACUUGAUUGAGUAUAAAAAUUUGGAGAGAUUUGGAUUUUGUGAGAAUCAGACGGAAUAUUUGCCAAGUGACUUGUUUGAAGGCUUUGACAAUUUAGAGGAAAUUGUUUUUAAUGGUAACAAGUUGAUGACGAUUGAACCGAAUAUUCUGGAUGGACUUGAAAGAUUAAAGAUUGUUAAUUUUAGUUUAAAUCCAAAUUACAGUAAAUGUUACUCAGUUUAUCCUGAAUAUUAUCCAAAUGCGACUUUGGAGGAAGUUAAAGAUGAACUUUUUGAGAAAUUCUACUUGGAAGUGGCAGAAAAUGCAAGAAUUAAAAAUUGAAAAACAU